CUCUCUUAGAACAAACUAAGAAUCGCUUAUAAUAAAGAAGCGGAGCGUCUCUGCGGUCUCACUGACGAUGAUGCCAUGCUGAAGGGGAAAUGUGCCACUUUUUCUAAACUGACAUAUCCCUGCACUGACUCCUGACAUUGCCCACUGCGGACUAACACCCAGCAGGAACAUCUGCACCAAGCCAUUUCCCCCUUCCAGAAAACUAAACGCGUUUUAUUAUCCGCAUUUGUCCUCGGUGAGCCGCCGUAGAAAUGGGAGACAGUAUGUCGAAGAGGUUAAAGCUGGUGACGGCGUCUGAGUCGGAGAUGGAGGAGCGCUCGUUUCCUAAUCCUUUCCCUGACUGGGACCAGGGUGUCCUCUCGGCUUCACAGUCAGCAGCUAACAACAGCACCGGAGACACUUUUGAUGCUGAUGGAAAAAUCACAGAGGCCUUCAAGAAGAAAGUACAGAAUAAAAUUAAAGAUCUUCUCGUGCAGAUGGAGGAGGGACUUAAAACAGCAGACCCGCAUGACUUCUCCACAUACACCGGCUGGACAGGAAUUGCCUUGCUGUACCUGCAGCUGCAUCGCGUGAGUGGCGAUUCCUCUCACCUGCAGCGCUCGCUGGAUUACGUAAAGCGUACCCUGCGCAACCUGAACGGACGAAAAGUCACUUUUCUGUGUGGUGACGCUGGACCGCUGGCUGUUGCUGCCGUUGUUCACCACAAACUAAAUAACCAGGCUGAUUCAAAGGAAUGCCUUACCAAACUGCUUCAGCUCCAGCGCUCAGUCAUCAGUCCAGACUCAGAGAUUCCAGAUGAGCUGCUGUAUGGUCGCGCUGGAUACCUGUACGCCCUGCUCUACGUCAACAAAGAGAUCGGGCCAGAAACGGUGGACGAGAACAUCAUCGCCAAGGUAGUGACGGCCAUCUUGGAGGCAGGGAAGAACCUGUCCAGAGAUGAGAAGAAGACAGAACGAUGCCCGCUGCUCUAUGAGUGGCACAAGAAGCAGUAUGUUGGAGCUGCACAUGGACUGGCCGGCAUCUACUACAUGCUGAUGCAGCCCAUGGCAAAAAUAAAUCCUGAAAUCCUGACCGAGUUGGUCCGGCCAAGUAUAGAUUAUGUGCGGCACAAAAAGUUCCGCUCGGGCAACUAUCCAUCAUCUCUCAGCAAUGAGACAGACCGACUGGUGCACUGGUGCCAUGGAGCACCAGGCGUGGUUCACAUGCUCAUCAUGGCACAUAAGGUGUUCAAGGACGAGAAGUAUCUGAAGGAUGCAGUUGAGUGUGGCGAGGUGAUCUGGCAGAGGGGUUUACUUCGCAAAGGCUACGGCAUCUGUCACGGCACCGCCGGUAACGGCUACGCUUUCCUCACGCUGUACAAGCUCACACAGGAGCAGAAGUACCUGUACCGUGCCUGCAAGUUUGCGGAGUGGUGUCUAGACUAUGGAACGCACGGCUGCCGUAUUCCAGACCGACCAUAUUCCCUUUUUGAAGGAAUGGCUGGAGCGAUCCACUUCCUCUCAGACCUCGCCCAACCAGAGGCUUCUUGCUUUCCUGCUUUUGAACUUUGACCUGUGGCUUCUGGGAGCACUGACUUUUACUUUUGAACAGUUCUGAGGUGUCUUACAAGCUCUUCCAGCACUGAACAUCACCACAGAACUUGCACAGAUGCGGGGGAAAAAAGGGAAACUCCCCACCUUCUGCCUAUAACUAUAAAACAAGUCACUUUGAGUUUUAUCACGUCUGUGAUGUUUUAUAGCUUUUUUAUGUAAAAAUUCCAUUUUGUUUGCCUCUUUCACUGCACUGAUGAAUGUUUUUGCUUCCACAGCUUUGUAUUCAGUUGAAAUUAGGUCUCUGUGCUGCAUGCUUGUGUUUUGAUUGUACUGCAGCGCUUCAGUUGACCUUGUCUUCGUCUCUUGGGUUUCAGUCCUGUCUUUGUUGUCUAUGCAUGGGGAUGGCUGAAAUAAGCUUGUGUACGCUUUUACUCAAAUAAUUAACAUAUGUAAUAUUAGUUAAACGUCUACAUCCACAACGGUGUGGAUGCCCCUAAGUGUCUGUAUGUUUACAUACAUCACUCAUUGAAAGAUUGUGAGAAAAAUGAACCACACAGAGAAGCAAUGGUGUUUCUGAAUGUUACAAUAAAUUUGGCUGCUUUAACUGAAACUCA